AUGGGAGAGAUAUCGAUACACCCCAUAGAUUGCGGCCGGAUGGGAAACGGUGGUUCUCCCCAUGGUGAGAGCGAAGACGAUGAUGAUGAUGAUGAUGAUGAUGUUAGAGCUGCAUGGUUCCGGCUCAUCUGGCCAGGCUUGCGGAGCAGCAGCCUGCCCCAGGGACAGAACAAGACCGCGAGAGAGUUGAUCCAAGUAAACUUUUCUCGAAGCUCUCUUAGGAUGGGCUGGAUGGUGGUUGAGCUCGUCCACCCAACUAGUUUAAAAGACGCCUCGAUGUCCUUUUUUUUGAAGUCGCGAAGAAUGCAACGUGGGAAAAAAUUUCCUCCGCGAUCGGUCUCCGAUUCCGCCCCUUCGAGUGCCCGGCGGGAGAGCGCGCUGAUUGGUGGAAACCGACGCGCGGGGACGGAAUCGACCCCAGCCAAUCGGAAUCGCAGGUGGCCGGUGCUCGUGUUUUCCGUGCAGCUCAAAAGACUCGAGAGAGACAAGCAGCGGACGGGCGAGCUCCAUCCGGGCAAAGGUGGUGGUGAUCUGGGCGUGGAGGGUGGUGGGUUGGGGGGUCUUUUUUGCCCGGACAUGGCAUCCUGCGAAUCCGGUCACGUUGGCCCGGGUAAUUGGCCAGAAAACCUUCUCACAACCAGAGCUGUCGGCGGUGGGGAUGCCCGCGUAUCGAUGAGUCCACGGACAAGGGGGGGAGACGAGAGAGAGAGAGAGGGGAUGGGGCGGGGGGGUUGA